GCUUCGGGCUGCGACCCUGGUCCUUGUCCGAAUGUCCAGCCCCGCGUGAGCCGUGGGAUGCGGCCGCCGUCGGGCAGGUCUGGCCGGCAGGACAAUGUGGUUUGCUGAUGAUGGCGUCUUGCCAGUUUAAAAAGCAGAGUGAAAGUCGCCAACUCUCCGCCCGUGCGGGGCGGGUACUCCGGGCGUUUCUCAUCAAGGACACUGCAAAACUUUGAUUAAACGGGCCUGCUCCCGAGGGGAGAGCCGGGGGGCCGGGCUCCGGACUCUUCGGGGCGCGGGGUCCGGACCCCUACCCAGGGUGACCGUCCAGUGUCCGGCCCCUGCAAAACGCUCCGACAUCCCUGAUGCUGCACGUAGGCAGCGCCCGGCUGGACAGAAAACAAAGGGCUGCAUGUGCCCGUGCGGGCUCCCGGCGCUCGGGGCCGCCGCCUGGGCGUAGGGCCGUGCGGGUCGGAGGCCCUCGAAGUUCGGGCGAGUUUCGGGAGGGGCUUUUGUCCCUCAGCCCCCUCGUGGGGAAACUUUGGCGGCGCUACUUGUGCGAGGUGCCAUGCUGAUCCACCAGGGAGCAUUCUUCUUUGCCGGCUCGGCGUCUCUCUCGGCGGUCACCGGAGUGCCCGAGGGGGAAGCGCGAUUUACGGAAGACUAUUGCCCAGAAGAAAAGAUGUUUGGUUUUCACAAGCCAAAGAUGUACCGAAGUAUAGAGGGCUGCUGUAUUUGCAGAGCUAAGUCCUCCAGUUCUCGAUUCACUGACAGUAAACGCUAUGAAAAGGACUUCCAGAGCUGUUUUGGAUUGCAUGAGACUCGUUCAGGAGACAUCUGCAAUGCCUGUGUCCUGCUUGUGAAAAGAUGGAAGAAGUUGCCAGCAGGAUCAAAAAAAAACUGGAAUCAUGUGGUAGAUGCAAGGGCUGGACCCAGUCUAAAGACUACAUUGAAACCAAAGAAAGUGAAAACUCUGUCUGGGAACAGGAUAAAAAGCAACCAGAUCAGUAAACUGCAGAAGGAAUUUAAACGUCAUAAUUCCGAUGCUCACAGUACCACCUCAAGUGCCUCCCCAGCUCAAUCUCCCUGUUACAGUAACCAGUCAGAUGAUGGCUCAGAUACAGAGAUGGCUUCUGGUUCUAACAGAACACCAGUUUUUUCCUUUUUAGAUCUCACAUACUGGAAAAGACAGAAGAUAUGUUGUGGGAUCAUCUAUAAAGGCCGUUUUGGGGAAGUCCUCAUUGACACACAUCUCUUUAAGCCGUGCUGCAGCAAUAAGAAAGCAGCUGCCGAGAAGCCAGAGGAGCAGGGGCCAGAGCCUCUGCCCAUCUCCACUCAGGAGUGGUGACUGAGGUUUUUAUGUAGAAGGGGAACAAAAAAAACAUCUAAAUUUUGAAAAGACCACAAAGCAACAAACUGACCCUUUUUUUUUUUUUUUUUUGAUACGGAGUUUUGCUCUUGUUACCCAGGCUGGAGUGCAGUGGUGUGAUCUUGGCUCACCGCAACUUCCAUCUCCCGGGUUCAAGUGCUUCUCCUGCCUCAGCCUCCCAAGUAGCUGGGUUUAUAGGUGCCUGCCACCAGACCCGGCUAAUUUUUUAGUUUUAGUAGAGAUGGGAUUUCACCACGUUGGCCAGGCUGGUCUCAAAUGACCCUCUUAUUUUUAACUUGGAUACCUGCUAUUCUGCCAAAAGACAAUUUCUAGAGUAGUUUUGAAUGGGUUGAUUUCCCCCAGUCCCACAAACUCUGAAGCCAGUGUCUAGCUUACUAAAAAAAGAGUUGUACAUAAUAUUUAAGAUGCUGAGUAUUUCAUAGGAAAGCUGAAUGCUGCUGUAAAGUGCUCUUUAAGUCUUUUUUUUUUUUUUUAAUCCCCUUCUAAUGAAUGAAACUAGGGGAAUUUCAGGGGACAGAGAUGGGAUUUGUUGUAUGAUAAACUGUAUGUAGUUUUUAGUCUUUCUGUAUUGAGAAGCAGUGGUUGGGGCAUUUUUAAGAUGGCUGGCUACUCUUGUUUUCCCUCAUGAUAAUAGAUUUGUCAUAACUCAGUAACAUGAACUUGCCCCUAGAGGUAGUUGUUAAUAAUUUUGAAAUAUUAAGGUCUUGCCAAGCUUCUGAUGAUUCAAACCUGUACUACUGAUUAUUAAGAAGGACAGACUGAGCUUUCUGUUGCAAAUGGAGAAAGUAAUUUCUAAAUAUACAGAGAGGUAACUUGACUAUAUAUGUUGCAUCCUGUGCCUCCCUUCAUAUUAAUAUUUGAUAAAGAUUUUAAUUUAUGUGAAACUUCUAAAGCGGAAUCCAAGUUCCUCUUGGGGAAAUGGCAAGUCUUUAGGACAGGCGAGACCCUGUAUGAAUAGUACCAAAGCAUUACUGCAUGGUAGAGAACACACUCAAUUAGAAAUGGUAAGCUAUCUGAAAAAUAAAAUGUGCAAGUUUCAGGAUGGCACAAAACAAAGGUUAAUGCUUCUUGGGGCACGUGACUUAGAGGGCUUGCUGAGUGUGUAAAUAUAAUUGACUUUUGUUUGUGUUACAUGACUUCUGUGACUUCAUUGAAAAUCUGCACAAUUCAGUUUCAGCUCUGGAUUACUUCAGUUGACCUUUGUGAAGGUUUUUAUCUGUGUAGAAUGGGUGUUUGACUUGUUUUAGCCUAUUAAGUUUUUAUUUUCUUUCACUCUGUAUUAAAAGUAAAACUUACUAAAAGAAAAGAGGUUUGUGUUCACAUUAAAUGGUUUUGCUUUGGCUUCUUUUAGUCAGGCUUUCUGAACAUGGAGAUACCCUGAACUUAGAGCUCUUCAAUCCUAAGAUUUUCCUGAAAAGCCUCUCUCGCUUGAACCCAAACCAGAGUGAGGGAGAAACAUUUGCCUGCCUUGUAAUAACAAGACUCCGUGCUUAUUUUUUAAACUGCAUUUUAAAAAUUGGAUAGUAUAAUAAUAAGGAGUAAGCCACCUUUUAUAGGCACCCUGUAGUUUUAUAGUUCUUAAUCUAAACAUUUUAUAUUUCCUUCUUUUGGAGAAAACCUACAUGCUACAAGCCACCAUAUGCACAGACUAUACAGUGAGUUGAGUUGGCUUUCCCACAGUCUUUGAGGCGAAUUACAAAAGUCCAGCCAUUAUCAUCCUCCUGAGUUACUUUGAAAUGAUUUUUUGUGUACAUUUUGGCUGCAGUAUUGGUGGUAGAAUAUACUAUAAUAUGGAUCAUCUCUACUUCUGUAUUUAUUUAUUUAUUACUAGACCUCAACCACAGUCUUCUUUUUCCCCUUCCACCUCUCUUUGCCUGUAGGUUGUACUGUAUGUAGUCAUGCACUUUGUAUUAAUAUAUUAGAAAUCUACAGAUCUGUUUUGUACUUUUUAUACUGUUGGAUACUUAUAAUCAAAACUUUUACUAGGGUAUUGAAUAAAUCUAGUCUUAUUAGAAAAUAAAA